ACAUUCUUCUCUGCACAAAUGAAAAUCUAGAGAGAAGGAUAUAAGAGAUAGAGUUGCACUACUUGGCUUUUGUUCCAAACCCUAGCUUUAUAGUCCCCUAGGAGAGGUUUUUGAUUCUUUAGAGAAGAGAUUGAUCAAAGAAAAUGGGUUCCAUGAAUUCAAACAACUGGCUUUCCUUUCCUCUUUCUCCUACUCAUUCUUCUUUGCCAUCACAGCUCCAUCCUUCUCACUCUCACCAAUUCUCUCUAGGGUUAGUCAAUGAUUCUAUGGACAACCCUUUCCAAAACCAAGAGUGGAAUUUGAUUAACACCCAAGGGAGCAAUGAAGUUCCAAAGGUGGCUGAUUUUCUCGGCGUGAGCAAAUCCGAAAACCACUCAGAUCUUGUGGCCUUCAAUGAUAUUCAGGCCAACGAUUCGGUCUCCGAUUACUUAUUUCCCAACAACAGCAUAGUCCCAGUACAAGACACAGUUGUAGCCAAUUCUAGCAGCUAUGAUUUCCAAGAAAAAUCCAACAGCCUUCAAUCGUUGACUCUCUCAAUGGGAAGUGGCAAGGGCUCUUCAGCAUGUGAAACCAGCACGGAAAAUACCAGCAUUGCGACUGUGGAAGCUCCCCCAAGAAGGACUUUGGACACAUUCGGACAAAGAACAUCUAUUUAUCGCGGCGUGACAAGGCAUAGAUGGACAGGAAGGUAUGAAGCUCAUCUUUGGGAUAAUAGUUGCAGAAGGGAGGGACAAUCGAGGAAGGGCCGCCAAGUGUACUUGGGUGGGUAUGACAAAGAAGAGAAAGCAGCUAGGGCUUAUGACUUGGCUGCAUUGAAGUACUGGGGAACUUCUACUACAACCAAUUUUCCAAUCAGUAACUAUGAGAAGGAGGUGGAGGAGAUGAAGAACAUGACAAGACAAGAAUUUGUGGCAGCCAUUAGAAGGAAAAGUAGUGGCUUUUCUAGGGGAGCAUCCAUGUAUCGUGGAGUUACAAGGCAUCAUCAACAUGGAAGAUGGCAAGCAAGGAUUGGCAGAGUUGCCGGAAACAAGGAUCUUUACUUGGGAACUUUCAGUACUGAGGAGGAGGCAGCUGAAGCUUAUGACAUAGCAGCAAUAAAAUUCCGAGGCCUAAAUGCCGUGACCAACUUCGACAUGAGCCGGUAUGACGUGAAGAGCAUUUUGGAAAGCAACACCCUCCCAAUAGGAGGAGGAGCAGCCAAACGUCUCAAAGAGGCUCAAGCCCUGGAAUCUUCUAGAAAACGCGAAGAGAUGAUAGCUCUUGGUUCCACCUUUCAAUAUGCAGCUGCCGGAGCCACCAGCUCAUCAACCUCAGCCGGUCGGAAUUUGCAAGCAUACUCAUUGAUGCAGCAGCAGUCAACCUUUGACCAAGCUGUACAGCAACCAUCUCAGCCCCUACUUUCUCUACAAAACCAUGAUAUUUCUCAGUACAGCCACCACCAUGACCCUUCUUCAUACCAAAAUUACAUCCAGACCCAGCUGCAGCUGCACCAGGCCCAGCAGCAAUACCAGCCAACCCAGAACCCUCACCACCAGUUCUACAACAGCUAUGGGCUUCAGAGCACACACCCAGCUUUGCUUCAAGGUCUCAUGGACAUGGGCUCUGCUUCUGGGGUUAUGGAUCACAACAAUGGCAGCUCCAGUGGGAGCUAUAGUGCAGGAGGGUAUUUAGGUAAUAAUGGAAUUGGGUUGGCUUCAAAUUCAUCAGCAAGCAAUGCAGUGGGGUCUGCUGAAGAACUUGCACUUGUGAAGGUUGAUUAUGAUAUGCCUAAUGGUGGAGGAGGGUAUGGGUAUUUUUACAGUGUGGAAUGACUGAGAGGCAUUUUGUUUGGGAGAAUUGGUAAUUUGUGAUGUGGUUGAGGGGAGAUUAGUAAUUUUGUGAUGGGAGGAUUAAGCAUGGUU